AUGGAAGAGGACGAGGAUGUCCUGCCGACAUCAGCCAGUGCGGCGCUUAGCGCAUCCCUGAGGGCCUUGAAGAAGGCCGGGAGUCACCGCAAUGCCUCGCAGCCUUUGGCCAGCGCGGCCAAGCUGUCGAGUUCAGAGGUUUUCAGUGAGCGCAUGCAACUAGGCAUCGCAGCAGUGGGGGGCUUCCUCUUCGUGCUGGUUUGUGCCUGUCUCAUCAAAGCUAUCUCCUGGCUUUACGGGCGAAGGGAGUUAGAAGCCGUGGAUGGCCGAACGGCCGAUAGCAACGUAGUGGAUGAGCAGGAGCGGGCUACCAUCCUGGCUGAGGUCUACGGCAAGCCAGACGAUAGCAUGGAGGAGUUGGGCGACAUCGGCGAUGAAGCCGCACUCGAGAGGGCCUGGAAGGCCAUCGAACGCGCCGCCUCCUCGGACGAGGAGUUUGAUGAGGUGGAGUUGCAGCCCACGACGUCUGAGGACGCGCACCUCUCCCAAGAGACGUUACAUGCCAUCCGAGGAGUUGUCAACGAGGAUCCUGCUUUCAGCCCGCAGAAAGAUGUCUUCGACAUUGGCGACGCCGGAGACGGGCCAGAAGAUGAGGACCAGGGCUUCCUCCUCGACAUAGGCCCUGCGAACGGGCACCGAGCAUUUCCUCCAAGGGACAGAGAGGAACCUGCUUCCUCCUCUUCGGGGCCUGCCUUUAGAGGAGAUAACAUCCUCGAGUUGUGA